AUGGCGGCCAUGGCUGCUACAAAGUUCCUCGCUUUGCUUCUGCAAGGCCUAAUCCUGUUCUCAGCGAAGGUUCAUGAGGAGCUGGAUGAGGCCACAUGGAAGCGCAUGGAGGAGCACGAUAAGGAGAUGAACCAGGAGAUGACUCGUUUGAUGGAGGAGAUGGAGAGGAGAAGCAGACCUCAGUUGAGCCUGGUGCCCAUGGUCCUGAAACAGAGGCCUGAGGAGCCCAGCAUCACGACCGGGGGAGCUGUACUCUUUGCUGCCAUUGUUGGAGUCCUCGUCCUCCUGUUUUGGCUCCACUGGUGGCUCAGGAAAAGAAGCCCUGAGCCAGACUCUGGCUGCAGUGAGAAAGAGAUCUUGGACAUCAGCACAGUCAAGGAUGACAAGGAAGAAGAAGAGAAAGGAAGUAAUGUAGAAGGUCUGGAAAAUAAGAAGCAAGUAAACAGGAUUAUUUCCAGGCACAUUGAGUGGCCUGGGCAGAAAAUGAUCUUCAGGAGCCAGAUGGUGAAGGGGCUGGUGGAUGACCUCCUGCAGCUCUUGCAAGAGUGCCUGUCAAAUACUUUCUUGCCGGUGCUGCAGCCUGCCAUUGGUGUGGGCAGUGUCUUCGAAGGCUGGAGUCCCUGCGAGGCAGAUGAAGUUGUCUACCAACUGCUUGUGCCCCUGAGGCCCCCUGCUGGGCAUAGCUUCCACCGGGAGCCUGACACAUUGGGGCAGAUUCCAGCCAAGGACUACCACAUCCGUGUAGUGCUGGAAUGUGCCUGCAGGAUCCAGAACAUGCUGUGCUUCAUCCAUAGCACCAAGGAGCACCUGAGGAUAAGAAAUCAGGCACCAAGUCUCCUAGACAUCCUCUGCACCCAGUCGUACCUAGAUGUGCAGAAACUUACCCGCUGGUUCCGGAGUUUGGUGAAGAAAGCCUGGGUGGCAUUCCCUCAGGCACAUCACUACAAGAUGAAGGUGCUGCCCUACAGCCAGCGCACCUGCCAGCUGCUGCUGACAAGCAACUCUGGAAGACCCCUCUAUCUUGAGAUCCUGUUUGGGGUGCAGCUAGGAUAUACAGACAUAUUCCUCAUCAGCCAGACUGCAGAGGACACCUACACCCGAAGCACGAUAUGGAGACAGAGCUACGCUGUGGCAGAGGGCAAGUUCUUCAGCCAUAUGGCCAGACAGGUCCCACAUGGCAGUUUCCACCUCAGAUGCCUGCAUCUCUGCACCCGCAUCCUGAAGGGCACAGACUUCUCUCCCUACAUCUUGAAGACAAUUGUCAUGCACUUCCUGAACACUAGACCCGUGUCAGGCUGGUGCAGAGGGGGCUUCUUCUGGCAGAUGGUAGAUAUCUUAAACUUCCUGCACUGCUGUGUGGAAGAGAAACGGCUCAACCACUUCUUCUUUGGCAAUAGAAACAUGCCUGAGGAGAUCAUCUUGCCCUCACACUUACAACGGUGUGAGCCAUGCAACAUACUGCAGCAUCUGGUGCAGAAUCCGGAUGCCCAUGCCAGGGCAUUAAGACAGUGUGAGCAGCUUCAGGAUGAGCUCAUGAAGGGGCUCUACUACACAUUCACAGAGAGACGUCAUGAACAGAGCUGUGCCACCACAGAGCAGAGUAGUCCCCCUGAAAUCCAUGAGGAAGCAGUCAGAGACUUGCUGAGCCAUGUGGAUCCUCACAAGCCCAUGGAACCAGAUGGGAUCCAUCCUAGGGUCUGCUUUGCCCGGGAUUCGAACCGAAGUUCCCAGAGCUUCACUUCGGACGGCAAAAUCGCUUGCCUGAGCACACUGCCGCGCCCUCGGCGGCAGCCAGCUCAGCCGCCGCUAGCCGUUGCUUGGCUACGGGCGAUGCCGUAUUGGGUGCAGGCUCCGUGGACCGCGUCCCGAGUCCUGCAAACAGAGCCAUCAGCUGUCUAA